AGUUCAAUGUUAAUGUUUUUAUUUAAUAGUUCUGGUUAACACAAGUUAUCGCCGGACAAUUCGUCUGAUUUAUUUUUAUCUGCAUAUAAAUUGUUUUCACAUUCAUACGUUGAAAUAUUAUUACACAAAAAAAACAGAUUUAAGUUAAUUAAAAGCAAUUAAGUUCAACAAAUCGGUCUAUAUAAAGUCUCCCAGAAAGUUGAUGCGGAUAAUUCGUUACGUAUUUAUUGUUUUUAAUAAGAGAAUCUCAAAUUGUUUUUGUUCGACAACACAGAGACCUUGUAGAUUAAUAUAUGAUUUAAAUGUGGAUCGUAAUAUCAAUAAAAAGUCCUUAUUUAUAAAAUAAACACAGGCAGUAGACAUUUUCAAUAACCCUGUUUAAUUUGAAAGUAAAUAAUCGCAUCCAAGGUUAUUAAUUCUUACAAUCAGUGUCGACGUUAAUAGUAUUAUAUUUUAUUUCAAUAAUAAUUGUUAUCGUUUUAAAUGCUUAAAAUGGAAGUGAAAGCUUACUACGAUUUUGUAUUGCCUUUGGUUCGAGAAGCAGGACAGGAAAUUGCAGCAGCCAAAAAUUUCAAGGUUGAAACAAAAGAUGAAAUAUACGAUGAAGUAACCGAAUACGAUAGAAAAAUAGAAAAUAUAUUGAUAAGGAGAAUCAAAGAAAAAUGGCCCCAUCAUAAUUUUAUUGGCGAAGAAGAAUCUCAUAUGAAUGGCAUAGGAGAAUUAACAAGAAAUCCAACAUGGAUAAUAGAUCCCAUAGACGGUACAUCGAAUUUCGUAAGGAAUAUGAGAGAUACCUGUAUAUCAGUUGGAUUGGUUAUAGAUAAAGAACAAAUCAUGGGAAUUGUUUUCAAUCCUUUCAACGACGAAUUAUACACCGCGGUAAAGGGUCAAGGGGCUUUUCUUAAUGGGCUACGCAUACAUGUUAAUCAAGAAAAAGAUAUCAAAAAAUCUAUUUUCAAUUACGAAUUGUCUCUAGCGAGAAAUCCAAAAUAUUACGAAUUGUACAUGUACAGACUAAAACACUUGAUCCAAAUAAUUAACGGUUUUCGUUCUCUAGGUUCUGCGGUACUAGGUUUAUGCUAUGUUGCCGUUGGAAGAUUGGAUGCUUACCAAUGCGAUGGAUUAUACCCGUGGGAUGCAGCUGCCGGUGUUCUUAUAGUUAGGGAAGCGGGAGGAUAUGUGUGCGAUACCCGAGGGGGAGAAUUUGAUCUGAUGGACCCUAACUUUUUAGCAACUUCAACGAAAGAAUUAUCAGAUCAAUUUAUGGAAAUUGAAAGAAAGGCCGAUGAAGAGAGACUAAAUGAUUUAGAAAAUAAAAAACCAUUUAAACCGUAAUAAUCAAACUUAAGCUAGAUUUCACUUAUUAUGGUAUUAUUGGUAUGAAAAUAAAUAUAUAUAAACACA